GCAGAUUGUAUUUGGAAAAGCCCUAAAAUGGCAGAUUGAAAGUUACUUUGGCUUGGACUAUGGGAUUCCAGACCCAACUAUGGCUUCUGCUAUGGAAGAAUAUUGUAUAUCGAAAAAGACAGCUGAUACAGCUGGUUCUAGAACUUCUGUGGCCUCUCUUCCUUUUCUUCAUUUUGAUCUCUGUGCGACGGUCCCACCCACCAUUCCAGCAACAUGAAUGUCACUUCCCAAACAAAGCCUUGCCUUCUGCUGGCACAUUACCAUGGCUUCAGGGACUCCUCUGUAAUGCAAACAAUCCAUGCUUCCGCUAUCCAACACCUGGCGAGGCUCCAGGAGUUGUUGGAAACUUCAACAAAUCCAUCCUCUCACGUUUGUUUGCUGAUGCUGCAAGGGUGCUUCAUCAUACAGAUACUGAACAGUUUAUUAGUAGCUUCCAACCACUGAUGAUCAUUCUGCAGGACCUACGAGAGAAUCCUUCUCACUGGUCGAGAAAAACGGUGGGUGAUUACUUAAGGACAGAUGAAACAUUUUCAAGCUACUUGCGACAAAACAGUAGCUUGUCUUCACAAGAGGUGAAUGAUUUGUUGAUGGCGGAGCUGAGCCCCAAUAUUCUGUCCCUUGCUAGAUCAGGGGUGCCUCUGAAGGAGGUAGUCUGCAACACAUCCUUGCUGGCCAAGUUUCUGAUGAGUAAGAACAAGAAAUCCUUCAGUGAUAUGCAGGCCCAUCUUUGUGCCCUUCCCACAGAUCAGCUACAGAACAUGGAGAAAGUAUUCUUGACACAAGUAGAUUAUCCCAGACUUCUUAUGGAGCAGAUGAGUAGUGGUACUGAAGAUGUGCUGAGUGUCACAGAUGCCAUUGAAACCGUUAUUCAGGGAGUGAGUUCACUUGCACAAGAGUUUUCUACAAUGACGAGUUUUUCUGAGUUUCGGGAGGAAGUACAGAAUCUUAGGAGCAAGAAUGAAACGGGGUCUCAAAAUCACAUAUUUAGGGCAGUAUCACGGAUUCUCUGUGGCUUCUCCGAAAAUGAAGGAUUGAAAAUCCCAUCCUUGAACUGGUAUGAGGACAAUGACAUCAAGGCAUUCCUCGGCAAAAACAAAACAGAACAAGGACCACUCAUUCUAGACAACUCCACAAGUGGGUACUGCAAAGAACUAAUUAAAACUAUGGAGUCAAACUCUUUGUCCCGAAUCUUGUGGAGAGGAGUGAAACCACUUCUUGUAGGCAAAUUACUGUAUACCCCAGAUACAGCGGCAGCACUGAAAAUAAUGAAGGAGGUAAACAAGACAUUUCAAGAUAUCUCUGUACUUAAGGAAGUCAGAAGUGUUUGGCAAGAACUUGGACCCCAGAUUUGGAAGUUCAUGGAGACCAGCCAGGAAAUCCAACUUUUGCAGGAUUUGCUGCAUAGUCCAGCUGUGUCUGAGCUUGUUGAUUUACGCUUGAAGAACACUUCCCUGAAUUCAUCAGUCUUGUCUGCAUUUCUGUCUAAUCGUUCAGAUAACGAUAUGGGAUAUCCCUGGAAGAAUCUGUAUAGGGAUGUGGAUGAAAUGAUUUCCACUUUGUCUCAGGUCAUUGAAUGUGUGUCUCUGAAUAAAAUUGAAGCUGUGCCUUCAGAGGAGCUCUUAGUAAGCCGUGCCUUGCAACUUCUAGAGGAGCGUCAGUUCUGGGCUGGUAUUGUUUUCAUGGUUCCUGAGUACCAAAAUAACUCUGAGGGAGAAGUCCCUACCCAUAUGAAAUACAAAAUUCGUAUGGACAUUGAUGACGUUACCAGAACAAACAAAAUCAAGGAUAGAUUCUGGGACCCAGGUCCAGCGGCAGACCCAUUAAAUGAUAUGCAUUACAUCAGAGGAGGAUUUGUCUAUAUUCAAGACUUGGUAGAACAAGCAAUAACAAGAGUAUUGACUGGCAGUGACAAAAAGACUGGGCUUUAUGUACAGCAGAUGCCUUACCCAUGCUAUGUUGAUGACAUUUUUCUUCGGGUCUUGAAUCGAUCACUGCCUCUGUUCUUGACCUUGGCCUGGAUUUACUCCGUGGCAAUGAUCAUUAAAGGAGUGGUUCAUGAAAAGGAAACUAGGCUGAAGGAGACUAUGAAGAUGAUGGGUCUGAGCGGUGGCAUCCUGUGGCUUAGCUGGUUCAUCACUAGCUUCCUACCUUUUCUCAUUAGCUCAGCAUUGCUGCUUUUUAUUUUAAAGAAAGGUGACAUUCUGCCCUACAGUGAUACUGCUGUCAUCUUUGUCUUCCUGUCCACAUUUGCUGUAGCCACCAUUAUGCAGUGCUUCCUCAUCACCACUUUCUUCUCCCGAGCCAAUCUAGCAUCAGCAUGUGGUGGCAUCAUCUACUUCUGCUUGUACCUCCCAUAUGUGCUGUGUGUAGCCUGGAGAGAUUACAUCACCUACUCUUUGCGCAUAUUUGCUAGCUUACUGUCACCAGUUGCCUUUGGUUUUGGCUGUGAAUAUCUUUCUCUUUAUGAAGAGCAGGGUGUUGGCAUACAGUGGUAUAAUAUGGCUUCCAGUCCAGUAGAGGGCGACUCCUACACUUUCAUAACUUCAAUUUUGAUGUUGCUUUUCGAUGCAUUUAUUUAUGGUGUAGCUACGUGGUACAUCGAAGCAGUAUUUCCAGGGCAGUAUGGUAUUCCAAAACCCUGGAACGUUUUCUUCCUUCGGAGCUACUGGUGUGAAACAUUCUCUCAAGAACUGAAUCUACCUCACACACAGUCUGGUCAGAAGUUCCCUGAAGCUUAUAUGGAGGCUGAACCUAUUCACCUGAAGAGAGGAGUAUCUGUCUGCAACUUGGUAAAGGUGUACAGCAGUGGAAAGAAGGUUGCGGUCAAUGGGCUUAGUCUUAACUUUUAUGAAGGCCAGAUUACUUCAUUCUUGGGGCACAAUGGAGCCGGGAAGACUACCACUAUGUCCAUUCUUACAGGGCUAUUUCCGCCCAGCUCAGGGACAGCCUACAUCCAUGGUUUUGACAUUCGUACUGAGAUGGAUGCAAUUCGGAAAAUGCUGGGAAUGUGUCCUCAACACAAUGUACUUUUUGACAUACUUACAGUAGAGGAACAUAUUUGGUUUUAUGGUCGACUGAAGGGCCUGUCUGAUGAUGGAGUGAUGCAAGAAAUGAAAACAAUGCUUGAAGAUGUUGGAUUGUUGCAUAAGCAGAAGGAGCAGACCAAAAACCUUUCUGGUGGGAUGCAGAGGAAGCUUUCUGUUGCCAUAGCAUUUGUUGGCGGUUCCAAGGUGGUCAUCCUAGAUGAGCCUACUGCAGGUGUUGACCCCUACUCACGGCGAGGAAUCUGGGAGCUCCUGCUGAAAUAUCGGAAAGAUCGUACUGUAAUUCUUUCCACACAUUACAUGGAUGAAGCAGACCUGCUAGGGGACAGAAUCGCAAUUAUAUCUCAUGGGAGGCUUUGCUGUUGUGGCACCUCCCUGUUCCUGAAGACACAGCUUGGCACUGGUUACUACCUUACUCUGGUGAAGAAGGAUGCUGAAAAAGGAACAGUUGUCAGUACCAGCAAUGGGACAGCAGGUGUGAAGAAGGAGGACAGUGAUUCAGAAAAGAGCUGUGACACAGGACUUGGCAGUGAACAGUACAGUGAGCCCAGCUUUGCAGACUUGCCACUAAUUACAACAUUGAUUCAUAAACAUGUCCCUGAUGCACAGCUGAUGGAGGACAUUGGCCGUGAAAUAGUGUACAUGUUACCAUACAUAGGAGCGAAGGAUGGUAGCUUUGUAGAGCUCUUUCGAGAACUAGACAGCAAGCUCAGUGACCUUGGAGUUUCUAGCUAUGGAAUCUCGGACACAACUUUGGAAGAGAUCUUCCUUAAAGUUGCUGAAGACACUGGUGUUGAUUCUGAUCCUACAGAUGGUUCUAUACCAACCUGCAGAACAAGGCUUGGACCAAGCUCAAACUUCUCACUACCGGAGAUCACAGAGGAGAAUGGAUGUCUACAUGAAACUGGAGGAGAAUCUGAACACAAAGAAACAGACUACCUUAAAUCAUCAGAUGGCAGGGGAUCAUACCAGAUCACAGGAUGGGCACUGACCUGUCAGCAGUUCAAGGCACUCUUCAUUAAACGCUUUCUGAAUGCACGCCGGAGUAGAAGGGGAUUCUUUGCACAAAUAGUGCUUCCGGCAGUUUUUGUGUGCGUUGCCUUACUGUUCAGUUUGAUCAUUCCUCCAUUUGGAAAGUACCCAGCACUGGAGCUUCAGCCAUGGAUGUACGGGGAGCAGUACGUGUUCUUCAGUGAAGAUUCUGCACAAGACCAAGACAUGCAGCAGCUUCUUCAUUCUCUCCUUAACAAACCUGGCCUUGGAACGAAAUGCAUCCAUGACAAAAUUCAUCUGGAGGAGUGUGACCUGAGCAUUUCUGAGUUUAUAAUGCCUCUUGUGCCCGAGUCUGUCCUUCAUCUCUUCCUGCAAGGCAAUUGGACAAUUGAAAAUCCAUCACCGUCCUGCCAGUGCAGCUCAGAAGAGAACAGGAAAAUGCUACCAAGUUGUCCAGAAGCUGCAGGGGGUCUCCCACCUCCACAGAUACAGAGAAAGACAGGAGAAAUCCUUCAGAACCUGACUGGCCGCAACAUUUCCGACCAUCUUGUUAAAACAUAUUCCAGGAUUGUAAAUAAAAGUUUGCGGACCAAGAAGUGGGUUAAUGAGUUCAGGUACGGAGGAUUUUCACUGGGAGCCAAGAAUAGCCAGAUUCUACCCUCGGUUCAUGAAGUGAACAGAACUAUCCAAAAGAUAAGAUCUCUGCUUACAGUGUCAAAAGGGAGUUCAUUGGACAGGUUGCUUGGAAAUCUCACCAGUUUCAUUAAAGGUUUAAGUACCAUGGAUAAUGUUAAAGUUUGGUUCAACAAUAAAGGCUGGCAUGCUAUGGUGUCUUUUGUCAACGUCCUCAACAAUGGGCUGUUACGAUCAAACCUGCCUCAUGGGAAAGAUCCAGAUGAGUAUGGAAUCACGGCUUUCAAUCAUCCACUGAACCUCACCAAAGAGCAGUUGUCUGAGGUGGCAUUGAUGGCUACAUCUGUGGAUGUCUUGGUGUCCAUCUGUGUGAUUUUCGCCAUGUCCUUUGUACCUGCCAGUUUUGUGCUAUUCCUGAUAAAGGAGCGAGUGAGCAAAGCCAAACAUCUGCAGUUUGUCAGUGGGGUCAAGCCAGUGGUCUAUUGGUUGGCUAACUUUGCCUGGGAUAUGUGUAAUUAUGCUGUUCCUGCAACCCUGGUGGUGCUUAUUUUCAUAUGUUUCCAACAAAGGUCCUAUGUGUCGACGUCCAAUCUCCCAGCCCUUAUUCUUCUGCUCUUUCUGUAUGGCUGGUCUAUUACUCCUCUGAUGUACCCAGCCUCAUUUAUAUUCAGCAUCCCAAGCACUGCAUAUGUCGUCCUUACCUGCCUGAACCUGUUUAUUGGAAUUAACGGCAGUGUGGCUACAUUCGUACUGGAGCUUUUUAAUGACAAGAACCUGAAUGAUGUGAACAAGAUUUUAAAGAAAGUGUUCCUGAUAUUCCCACAUUUCUGUCUGGGUCGUGGCCUCAUUGACAUGGUGAAGAACCAGGCAAUGGCAGAUGCGUUUGAAAGGUUUGGCGAAAGUCACUUUGUGUCUCCUUUGUCCUGGGAUCUUGUUGGAAAGAAUAUGUUUGCCAUGGCUGUUCAGGGACUUAUCUUCUUCAUUUUCACUCUGUUAAUACAGUAUAAAUUUUUCAUCAGAAUCAGGCCUUUUUCUGUAAAACUACCACCUCUGGGAGAAGAAGAUGAUGAUGUCAACAAGGAAAGACAGCAGAUCCUAAAUGGGCAGAGAAGAGGGAAUGUGCUUGUUCUUAAGAAUCUGUCUAAGGUUUACAGGAUGAGAAAGAAACCAGCCGUUGACCGUUUAUGUAUUGGGAUACCACCAGGAGAGUGUUUUGGACUACUGGGAGUAAAUGGUGCAGGGAAGACUUCAACAUUUAAAAUGCUGACAGGUGAUACAGAAAUAACCAGCGGGGAGGCCUUUUUAAAUGGAUACAGUAUUCUCACUGAUCUUCAGGCUGUACACCAGAAUAUGGGCUACUGUCCACAGUUUGAUGCCAUUAAUGAUUUGCUAACAGGGCAGGAGCAUUUGGAAUUCUAUGCUCGCUUGAGAGGUAUACCAGAAAAUGAGGUCUCCAAGGUGGCUGAAUGGGGGAUUAAAAAACUUGGAUUAGUUCAUUAUGCUGAAAGGUGUGCUGGGAAAUACAGUGGUGGUAAUAAGCGUAAAUUGUCUACUGCAAUUUCGCUGAUUGGAUGCCCACCUGUAAUCUUCCUGGAUGAGCCAACCACAGGGAUGGACCCCAAGGCCAGAAGGUUUCUUUGGAACUGCAUCCUUAGUGUUAUCAAGGAGGGAAGAAGUGUGGUACUGACCUCCCACAGCAUGGAAGAGUGCGAGGCCCUGUGUACAAGAAUGGCCAUCAUGGUGAAUGGAAGAUUUCGCUGCCUGGGGAGUGUGCAGCACUUGAAAAACAGGUUUGGAGAUGGAUAUACCAUUAUUUUACGGUUGUCUGGCUCUAUGCCAGAUCUGCAGCCUGUUGAAGAGUUUAUCCAGACUUCUUUUCCCAAGAUCAUUCUAAAGGAGAGGCGCCGUGGGAUGCUGCAGUACCAGCUGCCAUCCCGACAUUGUUCAUUAGCCAAAAUCUUUGGAGUCCUCUCUAAAAACAGAGAGAGGUUAUGCAUAGAAGAUUAUUCUGUAUCACAAACAACACUGGACCAAGUUUUUGUGAACUUCGCUAAAGACCAAACAGAUGAUGAUGUACUGAAAGAGGUGACUGUUACCAGUUUAGCAAGUGACACAAAGCUGAAAAGAAUUACGGCCUUUCUUGAGGAUGACAGCAUUAAAGAAAGCAAGCUUUAACUGCUGUGUUGCACAGAAAACAGCAAUCUUAUUCCGUUACUUUGGUGGAAUGGGUCUCUGAUAAGUGGUCCAUUCAAGCAAGUUCAGUGUGUGUGAAGUGUGCACUGACAACAAAUCAUGCAAAUCCAUGCGUUUUGUACUAUUAUAAGCACUUACUUCCUGGUUUGUUUCUGCUGCCGAGUUAGUCUGCUUCCUACUUGUCAGUACUGAACCUCUCUUGGUACUAACUAACUUCUGUGGUGGAGAACUAGGAAAUAAUUUAGAAUUUUAGCCCGUGGCUAACCUAUCUACUGUACUGUAAUGCUUAGGUCACAUACAGCAGUCCUUAUCAAAACUGUUGUGAUCCUUGAACCAGGAGGGUCUUUUUCCCAUUAGGGCCUAUUUGCACUUAACUCAGUAAGAGGAUAUUUCUCCUUGCUCACAUUAUCGAAAUCUGAAAUACUGAGCUGAAAAACUGGAAUCAUGGAAUAUUAAAGAUGACAAAGGAAUGUACAGCAGGGAUUUGGGAAUAUUGAUCCUUUCACCACUGUGGUGCUAUCUCAGAGUUGGCAUGUAUAAUUAGCAGGGCUGUGAGAGGUGCAGGGGGACUUGAUCCCUGCAAAAAUAAAAGUUUUCUCCAUUUGUCCUGCUUCAGUGUUCUGUGACUCGAAUUCUUCAGCUCAGUAUUUCAAUGUUGGAUAAUGUGAAAUUUGUUCAACUGAAAUCGACUCCUGUUAGCACAUAUCUAAUCUUUACUUAAUGUCAUUGCAUGCAAUAGUGGCCAGCUAUCAGUUUGUUCCUGUGGUACAAAAACUGACAAGUGCAGGACACUUGUUGGAAGUGAGGGCAUUAUAUUUUGAUAUUUGCACAGUAGAAGAUAAUGCUAAAGGUAUUUUUUUUAAAUUAUUACAUGAAAUGCAUGAAGCUUUCUUGUCUGUAUAUUUCCUGUUCCUUGAAUCCUGGCUAAUAUUUAAGAUGAGAUCAUGCCUCACAUAUAUUUUAAGUCCUGUGCACUGGGCAUGCAUCCUGCAUUUGCAGAAGAAAGUAUUUUUCACUGUUUCAGUAACUAAAGGUCAAUUAAGAUGUUAAUCAUAGCUGUUUGAAGUAUUUAAUGGAAUAUUUAACUGAGUUGUAAUACAUUUAGGACUGCACACCUGAGACUAGAAUUUUAAAGUAUGCAAGUAUGUAAGCAUGCAUAGAUGCAGUAGAAGAUCUGUGGCCUAUCUAGUGUUCUUAAAUGCUGCAGCUUGCAUAUUUCUUUGCAGUGUCAGUAAUCUGGGUAAUGUAAACCAGGGUUUUACUCUGAGAAACAGAAAAAAAAACAUAUUUCAAGAAAGUGACUGAUGUUGGUGCAUUGAAGUCCCUGGUUUCUCCAAACUCGUAUUAGUAAUACAUUGUAAUGUGUCAAAUGAAAAUGUCUGUAUCCAAGUUUUUCCCCCAAGUUAUAUAUAUAUUAUUUUGUAAUAUUGGAGAGAGUGAAAGUGAAUGAGUACAUAUUUUUGUAAAGGACUUAAUUAGGACAGCAGAUGGACACUGAUCAUAUUUACUACUAGUUUGGUUUUAGGCUAGAUGCAUAGCCAAGACUCUGUAACUGUACUUGAAAGUGUUAAUUAUUGCAUUGAUUUGUAUAGGUGUGUGUGUUAUACCUGAACAUACAGAAUCCAAGCAGUUAAAGGCCAAAUGCAAGAGAAAUCAAAUUCUAAUGCACCAAGUGCUGAAACUCUAGUACCACUUGUAUGCAUAGUUAGAGAAUGAGGUUUUGUAACGUACUUAACAGGGUUAGGGUUAGCAUACUUAAGGGCAUGGAAGUAGGGCUUUUCCCCCAACACCAUGUUACUCAUUUAUGCUAAUCUUAACCCUAACCCUACCUCCAACCUAAAAUGAAUCUGUGUCUGCCGAUUCUUCAGCUUUGUUCCAUUCCUGCCUAGAGGCACUAUUGACUGCAGCCAACACUUGGUGCAUGGUAAAGGGCCUACAGAUGCCUGUGCUCUUUGGAGACAUGAUUGUCAGUUAUAUUCUGAAGCACAAAACCAGUGAAAAUGGGUAACACUUUGAAAUGUCGGGACCUGCUAGAGCGAGUGCAGAAAUAGAGAGACUGGCUGAAAGAUCAAACUUAGAUAUGCUAAGUCCAAGAUGCAGUUUCUUGGAAUAUUCCCAUUUCUCCAAGAUAUGCCGGGCUCAGAGUUAGUAUAUAUAUGUUUGGGGGUGUAGAGGGGCAGGGGGGCAUGGCCCCCCACACAAAAAAAGAAGUUUAAAGGAGAAGAGUGAAUUUUGAAAUUCACUCUUCUCCUGUGUUUUCAGUCUUUUUUCAGCUCAUCAGCACUCAACAUUUUGAGUGUCGACAAUUCAGUAGGGAGGCAUAAAAAAUGAAUUGUUAGUUGGCCUAUCAUCUGUUAAACUGUAGUGCUAGUGAACUUGUGUAACUAUAAAUGGAAGUAAAUAUAAAGAAGUACAGCUGCCUUUUGAGUCAGACCACAGAGCUUUUGAAUUCCAGUGUGCAGACAUUAGGCCCAGUGGGCAUUUUCUAACUAGCAGUUUAUUGGAGCAGCUGUUUUUAAGUUUGAUUAUCAUAUGGUCUUUGUCAGCCUCCCUCCUUCAAGUCUUGUAAAACAGUUGUCUGUUUCAAUGCAUACCGUCUUGCAUUUAGGGCCUACUCCUUUUCACAAGUUACACUUAGAAACCAUUGAUAGCUUACAUUAUGUAGUCUACCGUCAUAAGAUUUUCUCAAGUUCAUUUAGUACCUUGUCGUCAUACACUUACUUUUCUUGUUAUGCUAAUAUGUUCAUAACAUAGUUUAAAUUUCUUGUAUUUUUUCAUUAUACAGUAGGUGUUUAGAGUAUACUUCUAGUACUGUUUUGUUAAUUUAUUGACAACUUGAUGUCCUUCUAUUCAGUUGCUGCAAUAUUCUUCACUUGAGGGAUAUGCCCACCUGUAGGCACCUGAAAUCGGCCAGUAUACAAAAGACUUUUACCACUGUAAGAGUACAUGGUACAUCUGGAGUAGGCUGCAGUUUGAUGUAGGCCAUAAAACAGACAUAUGCACAUACCGUCCCCAGAACUUUUCUGCCGCCAGUCAGAAAGCCAAUGAUUGACCAUCGGUCUGUUUCCAGAAUUUUUCGACUUCUUCUCAGGUAAGUGCCCCAUUGCGGAAUAUUUUUUCUCAUUAUUAUUCCUGUUAUGUCAUCCAGGGAGGGCAAGUGCCAGUGUGGAAGACAAAUUCCACAUAAGGAUAGCCAUACCUAGUGUCUUUUUUUGUCUAGACCCCAACCACGACCAUAAGUAGUACAGUAUUUGCCAAUUGUUCAUCCUGAAGACCCUUAGAAGUACACUUUAGUCUUUAGCCCUAUAUUUGGAAAACCAGUGGCUUAAAUUCCUUACCAAGUGCAUGGAGGGUACCUUGGGGUCCAUUGCCAAGCCACCAAAGUACAAGGCCAAGAAACCUCAGCCUACACCUUCCUCUUCAUCUCUGCCUUCUGAUGUUUAUCCCAAGGGGCUCGUUGACCCGGAGGCAUGUUGGAUUCCUGGCAUGGAGUCACAAGCUGACCCCCCUUUUGAGGUUGCUUCGUCUUUGGCCACAUGCACAUUGCUAGAGGUAAAAAAAGAUGUCCGAUUUGGAUGUCGAGGGGGACUGAGGUUUGAAUGUAUGAAGGACCCUAGGGGGUUAGCUUGCAGCUCUGCUUUCAAAGUUAGAGUCAGAGUUCUCUGAACUUAGAUCUUCGUCCGGCCCUCCUACACUUCAAAAGAUAGUUUCUCCAGCAAAGAAAAAACAAAACAUGUCUCCCCAGCUGAGGAGGCCCCUACAGAAUGGCAGGCCUUAUCUCAAAGUCUAUUCCAGGCCUUCAUGGCUCUUAACCAGCUUUCAACAGGGCCUUGUCCUAUGUCAGCCACUCAAACUUCUCUGAUAAGAACUAGGGACCCUGAUUCUUCUGAGGAAGAAGAAUCUCUAGAUUACUCCACACAAAUCCCCUCUCCUCUGGAAUACGUCUCACCUGAAGAGGAAUCAGUGUGUGCAGAAUCCCCCAUGGAAGAAAUUUCCUUUGGGGAAAUGAUCCUAAAAAUGAGGGGAACACUUCAAGUGGGAUACGUCACAAAUUUCAGACGUACAGAAAAGGUAUUACCAACACUUGCAAAUGGAUCUACCCAGUUCCACUACAGUGCCACCAGUACAUCAAGACUUUUUGGAUGCAUUUAACAGUGCAUCCCAAAUGCCAGACUCAGGCUCCUACCCCCAAGAAGCUUGACUGUUUCUACAAAGUCCCUGAGGACUGCAAAUUCCUGUUCAGGUACCUGGCUGCAUACCCAAAAGUCAUUCCUGUUGCUACUGGCAAACUGUCCAUAAAGCUCCCCUCUACCUCUUUUCUACCUUCACUCAAGGAGAGUAGAACCCUGGAAAUGCUAAGAAAAAAGGUGUACACUUCAGCCACUUUGGCUUUCAGGGCCAUCAACUACCAGACAAACAUGACAAAAUUCUCACUAAAGCAUUUGUUCCAGACAAACUUCUGAUAUCUCAGACCUCCCAGAAUCUGAGGGAAAAACCUUGUCCCUGUCUCUCUUAGGAGCCCUCUUCCCAAGUGGCUAAACAUUCUAUAAAAUGCAGCUAUGAUGCUGCUGAGACCUGUGCUAGGGCAGUGUCAACAGGGUUUUUGCUUGGAAGAUUUUCCUGGCUUAGACUUCAGUCAUUACAGGAUUAUUUCAAAGAUAAAUUAAUGGAUACCCCUCUGGACAACACAUGACUGUUUGGUCCAACUGCUACUUCACUCUUCGUCUUUACAAGAAAAGUCAAAGGAACUUAGAGUUAAAACACUUCCUAGUAUCCCCAGUGCCAAGGUUCCAUAGGAACUUCCCCUCCAAGGCUGUCAUUGUUCAGAGUCCCUCCGAGCACCAUUCCAGUAAAACUUGUAGGGGAGGAAAGAGACCACAGAGGACUAGGGCCCCACAGGCCUCUCAUCAACAAAAGCAGCCCUUUCCAGACAGAGCAGGGAGUCUGACUAUGGUGCAGCCAUCCCCCUCUCAAAAUCUCUCAGGGUACGGGAAGGCAUUACCCAAGACAACUGGAUCCUUUCUAUAAUCAGAAAAGGAUAUUUUAUAGUUUUCAAUCCAUCACCUUUCAGGGUAUCCCACAGCCUCUCCAAGAACAACUUCCUCUUCUCGGACAUCUUUCAGAGUUGUGCUUACAGGGCUCCAUUCAAAAAGUCCUUUGUGCCUCCUGAGGGGAAAGGAUUUUUACUCAAGGAUAUUCCUGGUGCCCAGAAAAGAUGGUCCGUGGAGGCCAAUUCUGGACUUAUCUCACCUCACCACCUUCUUAAAGGACCCUUCAUUUAGAAUGCUUACUCUCCAAGCCCUUUUCCCUGUGCUUCUCCCACAGGGUUUCAUGGCCUUCCCUGGGUAUAAAAGAUGCUCAUCUCCAUAUCCCCAUUCACCACAACUACAGAAAAUUCUCGCAUUUUUCUGUGAGUUCCUGGCAUUUUCAGUUCUCUGACUGUCUUUUGGACUCUCUACAGCCCCAAGAGUCUUCAUGAAAAGUUUGGCACCAGUGAUUGCUCAUUGCAGGCUUGUAGGUAUACAGAUUUUCCCAUACCUGGACAACCUACUCUUACAGGCCUCAAGUCUUGAGAUACUUCAACAGAACCUACAGACUACCAUCUCCCUACUAGAAAACCUGGGGUUCACAAUAAAUUUCAAAAACAUCCACCAUCACCCCAAUCCAAGACCACAUCUUCCUGAGUUGCCGAAGUCAGACAUUCUAAUAGUCCCUGUACCUCCUCAAAAAGCAGAGGAUCUACAGACCUUCCUCUUGUCCCUUUUUCCUCUAGACCCACAUCACUACCAGGGAGUUCCUCAGCGUACUAGGGUUUAUGGCCUCAACCAUCCCCAUGGUACCCUUAGCAAGGCAACACAUGAGGAAAUUCCAGUGGUACCUCAGAUCUGUCAGGACUCGGUGCUCCCACCCUCUAGAUUACCCCAUUCCUCUUAUCCCAUGAUUAAAGAAGGAACUUAUCUGGUAGUUCCAACAAGUAAAACUAAACCCAGGACAACCUCAACACCCUCUAGAUCCAGUCCAAGAACUUUACACAGAUGCCUCAGACGUGGGCUGGGGCACAGCCCUGGGGAAAUAGUUCAAGGAAAGUGUUCCCCAUCCUAGAAAAGGGAACACAUCAACAUAAGGGAAAUGCGAGCACUGCUUCUAGCCCUUCAGACCUUUCACCCCCUUCGUUUCCCAGGCCCACUGAAAGUAUUCACCAGCAGCAUGACUACUCUGGUAUGUGAAUAAGCAGGGGGGAAACCAGAUCCCAUCUCCUUUGCAGGUUGGCUCUCUUGGUAUGGGAAUUCCUUGACAAGCACAGCAUGACUAUCCAGAAGGUCUACAUCCCCUCCAACAGGAAUCUUGUGGCACAUGCACUGAGCAUUUCCUGGACUCAAUCCCAUGAAUGGAUGCUUCACAGAAAUGUAUUCCUGAACAUACUCCACUGAUGGGUACUCCACACGUAGAUUUAUUUGCCUCCCCUCUGAACAGAUGGCUUCUAAGGUCUUGUGCCAGAGCUCCAAGUCCUCUGGCUUGGAAAAUGGACACCCUCUUCUUCUCAUGGAAAGGCGUGUUUCUGUAUGCAUUCCCUCCCCUUCCUCUAAUACCAAAAGUCAUGCUCAAGAUCAGGUGGGAUCUACCAAAAAUCUUGCAGAUGACUCCCUUUUGGCCAAGACAGCAUUAGUUCCCCCUUUUCCUUGAAUUAGCAAAGGGCCAUCACCACAAUCUACCCCACAGAGUGGACCUACUCACACAGAACAAAGGAUCCGUUAUUCACCCACACAUUCUAACACUACACCUGACACUGUGGGCGAUAGGAUUCUAGUUGCUUUCAGACACCUUUUUUGUUGAGGAUGUGCUCAGGGUUUUGCAGGAGGCCAGAAAACCCAACACUAGAAAAUCUUAUGUUUCCAACUGGAAAUAAUUUUCUCUAUGUUGUCACUGUAAGGACCAAGACCCCUUGAGUGUGGAAAUUCCAAUGGUUUUAUCCUACUUGAGUAAAGUUCUCUCUGCUGCCCUGGCUUAUUCAUCUAAGUCCACAUGUUAGCCAUUUCUGCAUGUCUGCACUUAUCUCCCCCUCUUGCUUCCAGGUUCGAGGUAGAAUAGUUCCUUAAAGGCGUCCUCCACAUUAGACCUUACAGGAAACCCAGCCCUUCUUCUUGGGACCUCAAUUUUGUUCUAGAGAAAUUGACAUGACCUCCCUUUGAACUGUUGCUCCAGCCUCCCUCAAGCAUUGCUCAUGGAAAAUGGUUCAGCUGGUGGCCCUAACUUCAACUAGAGGGGUGUCAGAAUUCCAAGCUCUGAUGGCUGUUCCCACCUUCUUAGUCUUGCAUAAAGACAGGGUAUCCCUUAGAACUAACCCAUCCUUUAUGCCUAGGGUGUUUAACAAACUCUCUCUUAAUCUGUUCAACUACCCACCUUCUUCCCCCUCCACAAAAUCACAGUGAGAUGAUCCUACAUUCCCUAGACUUUCAGACAAUUGAGGUGCUACCCGGACAAGACUGUCUUUCCAGAAAUCCUACCUUUUCAUUAACUUCCACCCCAGGGUGUUGAGCCUACUUGUUCCAAGCAGACUAUCUCCUCUUGGAUAUCCAAAUCUAUUUCCUUUUGCUACAUCCACUAUGGAAGGACUCUUUCCUCCCCUGUAAAGGCCCAUUCUACCAGAGCCAUGGCUUCAUCAAAGGCAUUCUUCAAAGGACUGGAUAACAGAGCCAUCUUUGAGGCAGCCACCUGAUGAUAUGUUCAUACCUUUACCUAACAUUAAAAACUGGAUACAAAGUCCAAAUCCAGGACCGGGUUUGUCAAAGCCAUCCUAAAUGGCUUCAUCGAGAGUUCCUCUGGUCCUUCCUAUUCCCUUUCUUCUUGAGCUUUGGCACUAUCCCUCAAGUGAAGAAUACUGCAGCAACUGAAUAAAAGGAUAUAGAAACGUGUAAAAUCUUACCAUAAGUGUAGAUGUCCUUCUCUUCACUGCUGCAGUAUUCUAUCCCUCCCACCUUCCCCACUGGUCCCUUGUCUUUCUUGGAUGCACACACCACUCAAAUCCUUAGUCUGACUUUCAUCCUGGGGUAUUCAGCUCUGAGGAUGGUACGUGAGUAUGUCUGUUUUAUGGCCUACGUACAACUGUAGCCUAUGUCAGAUAUACCACGUACCCUGCAGUGGUAAAUGACUUUUGUAGACUGGCCCACAUCGGGUGCCUACUGGUGGGAAUAUCCCUCAAGUGAAGAAUACUGCAGUAGUGAAGUGAAGGACAUUUAUAGUUAUGGUAAUAUUUUACACAGUAUUUCUUUACUAAAGUUUUGUUACAUUUAUUUAAAGAAUUAUUACUCGUUUUGUUGACCAUGCUGAGACUGUUACUUAUUAUGACUGCAGUCUAUUGGUAGUAUGUUUUAUCAUUUGAUUUUAGUCUGUUUCAAGGCUGCAAAAAUGGUCAAUGGACCAAUUCACUUAACUUAACAAAAUUAAAAAAUAAAAAUGGAGACUCAUAGCAGAUUUUCAACCUCACAGCUGUAUCACAAAUUGGUCAGUUAAACUGUAAGGGUUGUGUGGUGUGAUAGUUAAGUGGAAGGGAAAUGGACUAUUUUUCUGCUUGACUGAUUACUGCUGGAGGCCAGAAGUUACUAGCAUAUUUGACACUUGAGAAGUUUUCACUGUGGGCUGAUGCAAGAUAUCAGUAUAUGGUCUAUUUUUCUUGUUUAAGGAGGAGAAAAACUGGACAACUCCUGGGAUACACUUUGUUGGGGGCAGGUCUUAAUUCCCAGCCAUGGCAGUUGUGCAGAAUAGUAACCCGGUGGAGAUGUUUUGGAUACUUAAAUGAUUAUAAUCUAUGGUGCUGAGGUUUUGAAAUUGCCUGUUUUUUUGAAUUUUAUGAAAGUCUAAAUUUCAGUCCCCCCAAAAGUGUAGACGAUUGAAAUGCAUUCAGUAUGAGUAUAUGUCUGUGUGUGUAACACAUACAAUUACCCUUGAAUCCUGCUUUUGCUAACUUGUUUUGAACUUUGUUUCUUUCUGUAUGCUGAGCAAGUCAAGUGGUAUUACUAGCCUUUCUUGGAUUUAUUGUCCAGGUCUAAAUGACAGCAGAAAAGAGAGCAGUUCUUUCACCAGGCUCAACAAAGCAUCAUACUGACAUUCCCAGAAGGACCUGGAGAAACAUUUGCUGGCAUAGCUAAUAAAAUCCAUGGAAAAGUGGUUGCAGUCUGCUCAGGUUUUGUGAUGUUCUUAGCCCUUUCCUUGGUUUACUGGCACAGGGCAACACAAGAAACGCAGCCUCAAAGAGCAGGCUAGACUACUUCAGACUGCUGAUUGUCUCCAUGCAGUGUAAUAUGUGACAGUUUUUUCUUAAAGGACAAACCGGGAUUCUGUUAUUAAAUGCUCAACUUCUCUGUCCUUUUUCUCUCUCUUUAUUGUCCCUGCUAUGAAUAAACAACAACAUGGCAUUUAAAAUAUUUUUAGAUUGACUGUUUCGCUCCACUAUAACAGUACCUUACUGUAUUAUGGUGGUUUCACUUUCAAAAACUUAUCCAGCGCUGGAAAAGUCUCCAAUUCAUUGAUGUCAUCAAGGCCACUGACUACAGGUAGUUUUC